AUGCAAAUGGCCCAGCUGCUCCAUCGGGUGAGCGAAGCUUUUCAGGAAGAUCAACAAAAACAUUUAGCUGAGGAUGAAGAAAAUGCGGAAGUUGCAGGAACAAAUGCGGAAGAUCCUUUGAUAGCACGGGAUGUGGAAGCAGCCGCUGAUGCAAAUGCUUCGUCCCCACUUACAAAAGAUGAAUUUGCGACGGAGAGGGAAUGUUUGAAAUACAUCAACAACUUGAUGAGUUCCAUUCUGAGAGUGAAAACCAUUGUGAAGCUGCGUGACAAGCAUUUGGCACGUCUAAUUGUUCACGCUUUCUACAGGAGACAACCU